AUGAGAGUCGUACCUAAAAGAUUAGACACUGUAAAUUUUUUGCGACUUGGGGCAAGAAUUUACACAAAACUUGCUGAUAGCGAUCAACCUAAUUUAAAUACAGAUAAUAGUCUGAAGUUUGACAAAACUAGAUCUAACGAAGAGAGUGCAGUUGAACAAAGAAAAGCAGCUCUAGAAAAUGAGUUCUUCUACAAUGAACAAAAAAGAUUGUUUAAAAAACUGAGGGAAAGACUUAAGGAGAAAAGAAAUCAACAUGAGGAUUCACACCGAAGACAAGGGACACAUGAAAGACCACCUACAAGUAAAUGUAGAACAGAAAGGAACUCAAGGCGAGAAAAAUUAAAACCAGAAUAUGAAUAA